GCGGCCUUUUAGGCCUCGGUGGGUUGUUUGGGUCGAAGAACAACUUUGGGGGCGCUGGUGGCUCGGCGACGCUGAGAAGGGAACACGAAUCAGGAUUUCGGGAUCUUAGAGCGCGGAAGGUUCGCCACCAUGGACCUGAACUUGAACCGGGUGGAUUAUUUGCAGGUGGGAGUGACAUCUCAGAAAACCAUGAAAUUGCUCCCUGCAUCAGGACGCAAAGCAACGCAGAAGGUUGUUAUUGGAGAUCAUGAUGGCGUUAUUACCUGUUUUGGUAUCAAAAAAGGUGAACCUGUGCCGGUAUUUAAGACCUUGCCAGGAGAAAAGAUUGCAAGGCUAGAACUAGGAGGUGCACUUAAUACACUCCAGGAAAAAAUUUUUGUAGCUGCUGGAUCUGAUGUUAGAGGUUUCACAAAGAAAGGGAAACAGUUCCUUUCCUUUAACACCAAUCUCACUGAGAACAUCAAAGCCAUGCAUAUAUCUGGAUCAGAUCUCUUUCUUGGUGCAAGCUAUAUCUAUAACCAUUAUUGUGACUGCAAGGACCAGCAUUAUUAUCUAUCAGGAGAUAAAAUCAAUGAUGUUCUCUGUCUUCCAGUAGAGAAACUGUCUUGCAUUAUACCCAUACUGGCAUGUCAAGAUCGAGUUCUUAGAGUUUUGCAGGGUUCGGAUUUGCUGUAUGAAAUGGAAGUCCCUGGUCCACCUGCGGUUCUGGCUCUGAACAAUGGAAAUGGUGGUGACUCAGGUGAAGAAGUUCUGUUUGGGACUUCUGAUGGCAAAAUUGGUCUUGUACAGAUCACUGGUGUUUCUCCAGUAGAAAAGUGGAAAAUUGGAAAUGAGAAAAAAAGAGGUGGCAUCUUAUGUAUGGAUACAUUUGAUAUUUUGGGAGAUGGGGUUAAAGAACUGCUCAUUGGUCGAGAUGAUGGAAUGCUAGAAAUCUAUAACUUUGAAAAUGCAAAAAGCCCUGUUCUCAGAUAUGAAUAUGCCUUGUCAGAAAGUGUCACAUCUGUCCAGGGUGGAUGUGUUGGUAGAGAGGGCUAUGAUGAGAUCAUAACAUCAACAUAUUCAGGAUGGGUAUCAGGUCUAACUACGGAGCCUAUCCAUAGAGAAUGUGGAUCAGGGGAUGGAAUAAAGAUGACCUAUGAAAUGCAGAACAAGGUUUUAUCUUUAAGGAAUGAAUUGGAACAAUUACAGAUCAAGGUACUUCAAGAGCGUGAAAAAUACCAGCAGUCUUCUCAGUCUAGCACUGCUGUUUCUGCAGUCCCAACAUUCAGUAUAAAUGAUAAGUUUACAUUAAACAGAGAUGAUGCCAGUUACAGCCUUGUCCUAGAGGUCCAGGCAGCAAUUGAUACUGUUUUGCUACAGUGUGAUGUUCCAAUAGACCUAAAGGAUGUUGAUAAAAAUUCAGCUGUGGUUAGUGUUGUUGACUGCGAAUCAGAGCCAAAUGGCAACUUCCUCCUUGCUACAUAUCGAUGUCAAGUAAAUACUACAAGGCUGGAGCUUAAGAUUCUGUCAAUUGAAGGACGAUAUGGGACACUACAAGCAUAUGUAACUCCAAGGGUUCAACCAAAAACUUGUCAAGUUCGGCAGUAUCAGAUUAAGCCACUUUCACUUCAUCAGAGGACACAUUGUAUUGAUCGUGACAGGCCAAUGAAUACAUUGACCCUCAAAGGCCAGUUCAGUUUUGCUGAAGUGCACUCCUGGGUUGCAUUUUGCUUGCCUGAAGUUCCUGAAAAGACACCAGUAGGGGAGAGUGUCAGUUUCUACUUUCAGAACACCUUUUUGGAUACACAGCUUGAAUGUACUUACCGGAAAGGGGAGGGAUACUUCAAAUCUGACAAUAUAUCUACAAUAUCCAUUCUAAAAGAUGUUCUCUCUAAAGAAGCCACUAAAAGGAAAAUUAAUCUCAAUAUAUCAUGUGAUAUAAAUGAAGUAUCUGUGAACCACACCUUAAUGCUGAUCCAUCCAAAAUUAGAAUACCAGCUGAUGUUAGCCAAAAAGGUUGAAUUAAUAGAUGCUUUAAAAGAAUUACAGGCUCAUGAAGGAAAUGCAGACUUCUUAAUUCCUGAAUAUCGUACCAUAUUGGAAGAGGCAGAGCAGCUGCUCAGAGAACACAAAAAACAACCUACAUCUCUUGAAAGACUUUAUGGUAUGAUUACAGAUCUGUUCAUAGAUAAAUUUAAAUUCAAAGGUACUAAUGUGAAAACCAAAGUUCCUCUUCUCCUGGACAUUUUGGGAAGCUAUGAUCAAAACUCAUUGCUUGCCUUUUUUGAUAGUGCUGCCUAAACUUCAAGAACAGAAACAGCAACAAAAUCUCUCUGAAGUGGAGACAGACGAUGAAGGAAAACUGAAUCUUCAUUCACAUAAUUUUAUACAUGUUACAAUACCUUUAUUUUUAUUGAAUUUAGUGGACUUGAGAGGGUCUUGUGUUCAUAUUUAUAACUUUUUUAAAGUAAUGCCAUAUAUGAAAUCAUAUGGGGGGGAGGGGGGAGGGAUUUUAAAGAAUCCAGUUUUAGGUUCGAAUACAAUAUAUGUAUUAAGGAAAUUUAGAGGCUAGAAGAUUGUGCAGCUGUGUCUUUAUUAAGUACAAUACUUUCUGUAUAUGGCAGAGCAAUUCCAUGUUCUUGCCGCAGGAACAGGCCAUAUAGGCUACUGCAAAACUAGCAUAACAUAGUCCACAGCUAAUGAUCAGCCAGUGCAGGUCAGGAGGGGGAAAACAUGCUGCUCUGCAAAGCACAGACUAUGGCAAUUCCACAAGUGCCUUCCAGUUGUGGUCUGCUAAAACAACAGUGGCCCAUCUCAGAAGGAGCUAAUCUGUCUCAGCAACAUGGCAAUGCUCCUGUAACAUCUUCCCAUCUCAUCUUAUAUAAAACAGUCAGCCAGACACAGGGAGCAUACAGUAUGCUAGAUUUUGUAGAUUAUAAACAAUUAUGAAUAUCAGAUUGGAAUAUGUUUAUAUUGAAAAUUGAUAGUUCUGUUCUAAAGCACAAUGUCUAAAUGGUGCAUUUAAGUCUCUGUGAUAUUGUAUGUAAUAUGGUGAGCUGCAGAAUGGACUGUGUAUAUAAAAGCUUAUGUUGGAAUAAAUUGGUUAGUCUGCAAGGUA